GAAGGCAGGCCGCUUUUCCUACUGAGUGAGCCUCUUUAUCAUUAGACGAUCUUUGCAAACAUCCAGCAGCCAUACGUCCGCCGCUGACAUAUGGAGGGACCCGCGGCUGCGGCAGCGGUACCCCACUGUCAUCCUCUCUACCGUCCAGCGGCUUUAAAGAUGACUGACUUCAUUUAGACGAUUUAGCUCAGAGAAACCUACAAACAGGAAGCGCAGAACCGGAGGAAUCCAUCCAAACAGCUAUCAGGUGUUGAUCGCUGUUCACUCGGCGGUUAACGGCCGUCCUGACAGCGCAACAUCUCCACCAGCAGCGAUACACUGACAGGUAUGUCCGCCGCACGAGACACCGUCGUUAAAAAGAAGCACGUUCGCUUCGCCAGCAUGGAGGACGACGACGACAAUGACGACCAGGAGGAGGACACCCUGUUUGACAAGAGGAAGGACACCGGGAGAGGGCUGAAGAGUGCGCUCAAAGCGGUCAAGAGGACGGCGAAACCGGUGUGCGACGACCGGGUGGAGGUGGUCGGCGGGAGACGGAGCGGAUACGGAGCGUGCGGGCGCUGGGUGGUCACGCUCGCGCUCUGUGCAUCAUUCCUGGGCUUGGGGAUGAGUAUCUCUGUUCUUGGCCCCACGUUCGAGGACCUGGCUGUGAAUGUGAAAAAGAACAUCAGCAACAUUUCGUACAUCUUCGUCGGCCGCUCUGCGGGCUACAUCGGCGGCUCCCUCUUAGCAGGCAUUCUCUUCGACUGCAUGAACCCCCAUUUCCUGCUAGGGUUUUCUAUGCUGGUCACCUCAGUGGGAAUGUGUGCCAUCCCUUUCUGUAAGCACGCCCUGCUCCUCACUGUGCUCAUGUCCAGCAUUGGGAUGUCUAUGGGCAUUCUGGAUACAGGUGGUAACGUCCUCAUACUGAACACCUGGGGCGAGCAGGCGGGCCCUCACAUGCAGGCUCUCCACUUCAGCUUCGCAGCCGGGGCCUUUGUGUCUCCGAUCAUAGCCAAGCUGCUGUUUGGGCCCGAAAGCAACAACAGCACAGGGAUCACACCAACCAACUCCACACCUCCUGUCACCACAGAGCCAAACACCAAAGCCCCUGACAUUCACACGCUCAUCACCUACAUCCACAGCAGGACCAGCACCCUCAAAUCCAUGUGGGCCUACAUCGUCAUCGGCUCCUUCGUCUUUAUCAUCUCCAUCCUCUUCUUCAUCCUCUACACUCGCAGCAGCUCGUCGCGAGACAAAGCCCGCACCACAUCGGGGAAGCCCCUGGUGGCCAAGCAUCACAUGGCUCUCACUGUCCUGCUCUUCUUCUUCUUCUUCGCCUAUGUAGGUGCGGAGGUAGCAUACGGCUCCUUCAUCUUCACCUUUGCCAAGGACUACGCCCUCAUGCCUCCGUCGCAGGCGGCCGGGCUGAACUCGUUGUUCUGGGGGACGUUUGCUGCCUGCAGGGGGUUGGCCAUCUUCUUUGCGGCGUGCUUGUACCCGGGCACCAUGAUCCUGCUCAGUCUGGUGGGUUCCACAGUGUCCUCUCUGCUGCUCUGCCUCUUCAGCAAGGAGAGAGUCGCCCUGUGGCUUUGCAGCGGUCUGUACGGCGCGUCCAUGGCCACCACCUUCCCCAGCGGCAUCUCCUGGGUGGAGCAGUACACCACGGUGACCGCCCACAUGGCGGCAACCUUCGUGGUCGGGGCGGCACUGGGCGAGAUGGUGCUCCCCGCACUUGUAGGCUUCCUAAUGGGAAAGUUCCACGACCAGCCGCUGCUCAUGUACUUGUCGCUCAUCACCGCCACCUUCACCUCUAUCCUCUUUCCUGUCAUGUACAAGCUGGCGUCGGCCCCCAGCGGGCAGAGCAGGAAACCCAGAGUCAGGGGUCGGCCUGACUCUGACGACAGCGAGUACCGCCAGGCGCUGCUGGACUCAGGAGCCAAUGACGAGGAGGAGGAAGAGGAGGACAACGAGGCUGAUCAGUGGAACGACGCAGACUUUGAGGUGAUUGAAAUGGACGACAGUCUCGUUAAUUCCCCCAGCAAGGCUUCGUCUCCUCCUGAUGUCACGGGUCUGACAGCUGCUGCCUCUAACAGCCAGGCGACCGAGCCUGCAGGGGGAGCCGCUUUCUCAGACACCAUCUCCCUGGUCGGGGACUCGCCGAGACAAAAACUGCUGCUGUCUCUGGACAGAGAGAAGAGAGACUGAAACCUCCUCCUACGACUCCGAAGUGCUGUUGAUCUCUCGCUCAACACUAGAAGAGCCAUGUCUCACCAUGUCUGUGCCCAUUUAUUGUCCAGAAGCUUAAAAACUCCAAUAUUUAUGAACAGUUGAUGAUUUAUUGUGCAGUGAAUGCAACACAAACUACUGACCGAAACCUGUGCAGCUUUAAAACCAUCCGUGCGUUGACUGGAAGUUUGGGGGUUUUGCACAGACUCAUCAGCAUCUCUGGAAGGUUUUAGACUUGUCCUGGAUGAUGAAGAAUGAAAUGCUGAAGUGUGCUGCAGCAAAAUGUUUUAGUACGUCAUUGAUUCUCGUCAAGGUUUGUGUUGGUCCCAGGGCUGGUAGAAUUCAGUGCCUUGCUCAAGGACACAUGAGCAGAGUGGCUGAGACGAACAGGGACAGGCUGCUCUGCUGCAAAAAAAAUAAUAUUUAAUGACUGUACAUUAAUUUUGCACUAUCACAGUGACUCUUACAGCAGGAAAUGUGUGUGAUGAUAACUGGAAGAUUUGAAUGAAGUUCUGUUUUUGUUGCACUUUUGUACAGAACUUGUUUUUUUUUUGUCAUGUGUUGUAAUGUGUCGUGGCUUGUGGAUGUCUCAAUCACGUGUCGUCACUGUAUUUUUUUUUUAACAAUCAUCAAUGGAAAGGAAUUUUAAUACAUUGACUUUUUAUUAUAUCAAUCUCAAACCUCCACCCACAGCAAUGUCCAUUAAAAAGAAACAAAAAACA